UGCCAUAUUCAGGACCUCGUGAACUGUCCCCUAAGAGCUGGCCGUGUGCAGAGCUGCAGUCCUCACACGUGGACUUCCCCUUUAAGUGCAAUGUAGGAGAAGCUGGAGGUGGUUAAGACCCUGUUAGGGCUAGAACUUCAGUUUAACCCCAUCUCGCCCGGCCAUUUUCUAUUUCUUCAUUUUAGUUUUUGCCUUCCAAAAGCCAUAAGGGGUGUAUUCCUUCACCUGCAUAGCCGCACAAGAGCUUGGUUACUGCAGGACAAGCUGUAUUUCUUAUGGGGCCAUUUAUUAUUCUGUACAAAGUACUGGGAGUUACUCCAUUGUUUCAGGGCAUGCACUGUGCAGUAAUGAUACCUGGAUUCUGCAGGCUUUUUUCAAUCUUGGGGAAAGUGAGAAACGGGGACAUUUGGAUAAGAUUUUGACUUCUUGGGAGUGACUUCAGUUUCAUGUUCUCUCUGCAAACUUCAUGGAUCCUGAGAUCUCCAUCUUGUACUGCAGUCCUACACCUCUGGGCAUUCCUCAACGGAAAGUUCACGUUCAGCUCUCUCCACUGUAUCAGCGAUGUCGUCUUCCGCCCCCAUUAGAAGAACGGAUCCUUGUGGACUGGGAAGAACGUCAGCGAAAACAACCAUGGGUAUUUAAUGGAGCAAAAUUCAGGCUUCAUUCCGUCUUGCCUGAAGGAGAUGUUGGAACAACAGAUAAAGUCGCAGCUGAGCAGAAUAAGGAGAAGGGAAAUAAAGAAAGCACCAAGAGUGAUGGUGGAGAGGAGAGAGGAGAAAAUGAAGCUACCCUGGAUGAAGGCGGAGGGCUUACCCUACAUCUGGCGCUAACAUGUUACAGAGACUUCCUGGGAACAAACUGGUCAGGAGAAGCACAUGCCCUACAGGAAAGGGGAGGACAAGAGUUUGGGGACACUCAGGCCUAUCUGGCACAACCACUUGGUGUAGGAGCUGCUCUGCAAUGUAAAGAUGGACGCUUUGUCAUACUGAGAAGAAGCCAUAGAGUGGGAGAGGCACCAGGUCUGCUCGAUGUACCAGGAGGACACCCUGAACCUAAGGUGGUUGCUCCCAAUGUUCCAGAGGAAGAGCUGAGUUUGGAAGUGUUAAAACCAGAACUAGUCAUUAGAGAGCUGUUUUCAUCCAUUCUGGCUGAGAUACGGGAUGAGGUUAAUUUGCCCCUGUCUACCCUUAGCGAACCUCUUCUUUUGGGCAUUGCUUGUAAUCACACCAGCGCAGGACGACCUAGUGCUGAAUUUUAUGUCAAAUGUAGUCUGACCUCAGAAGAUGUGAAGGAGAGGUACUUGCAGGGGGGCCCAGAAGCACACGAAUCAACAGAAAUUAUUUUUCUUGAAAAAGAGGAUUUACUGACCAUUGAAAACUCAGAAAUGUGGAAAGAGUUGUGUCCUUCAGCAAAAGGUUGUGUGAAACUGUACCUCAUGGUGCAAGAGCAAAAGUCCUAAGAGUGGACACUGAUCGCACUGUUCUGUUUGACAUAAGGAAUAGCAGAACUUCCUUUUAUGUCAGAAAUAUGUUUACACCUAGGAUUUCCAUGUGUUAGAUAAAGAAGCACAUGUACACUUUUAUGAAGCUUGUAGCAUAUUUACUGUUUUGUAAUAAAGCAGUUUUUCAGUAUAGUGAAUGUAUAUUUUUUAAGUGAUUACCUCCUUUCUUUCCUGAGUCUACAACAAUUUCAGGCUACUUUCACAACGCGUUGUUGUUUUCCGGUAUUGAGAUCCAGCAGAGGAUCUGAAUACGACCCAAAAAAUAUUUCCAUUUAGUCCUCAUGCAUUCUGAAUGGAAAGAGAUCUUUCAGGAUGCCUUCCGUUCUGUCAGCAUUCUGUUUUGUGACCGGACACAAAACCACUGCAAGCUUCAGUUUUGUGUCUGGU